GGCGCCCGGGCCAGGGCAGUAGGUCUCGGGGUGCUCCCUUCUCCCACUCGCAGCUACCCCGUGGAGCUGGCUCGGGCACCCCACUUUGCCCCCUCGUUCGUUGCCUGAGCUGGGCGCGAACUUGCCCAUCCGCAGGUCGACCCUGCGCCCAAGAACUCUGUGCUCCUUGAGGUCGAGCGGGUCCCCAGCGUGGAGCACAACGAUUAGGGGGCGACUUUGGGGAAGUGGCAGAGAGCAUUGGCUGCCUCCACUUCUCUCUCACGGUGCUGAAGAGGAGCCGCUCCGGGCCCCAGGGCGCUGGAUGACUGGCACGAGGAGCGCGCCCCGCACCUGGCACCUUUCACACAUGAGGGGAGCAGGAGCUUCAUAGAAGGCAAGCACCCAGAAUCAGAGACCCCGGCCCACCAUGAAGGGUGCCUGCGCCAUUGCAUGGCUGUUCUCAAGCUUGGGUAUGUGCAGACUCGUGCAGCCGGAGGCGCAGGACGCUGCCCAGUGCCAGAGAGCCGAGCACCCCGUCAUUUCCUACAAAGAAAUUGGCCCCUGGUUACGGGAGUUCAGAGCGAAGAAUGCUGUGGAUUUCUCGCAGUUAACAUUUGACCCAGGACAGAAAGAACUUGUUGUAGGAGCAAGGAACUACCUCUUCAGAUUGCAGCUUGAGGACCUGUCUCUUAUCCAGGCCGUGGAGUGGGGGUGUGACGAGGCCACCAGGAAAGCCUGUUACAGCAAGGGCAAAUCCAAGGAGGAGUGUCAGAACUACAUCCGGGUGCUUUUGGUGGGCGGCGACCGGCUCUUCACCUGUGGAACAAAUGCCUUCACACCUGUGUGCACCAACCGCUCGUUGAGUAACCUGACCGAGAUCCAUGACCAGAUCAGUGGCAUGGCCCGCUGUCCAUACAGUCCCCAGCACAACUCCACGGCUCUGCUCACGGCUGGUGGCGAGCUCUAUGCUGCCACGGCCAUGGAUUUCCCAGGGCGUGAUCCCGCCAUCUACCGAAGCCUGGGGAUUUUGCCGCCUCUCCGCACGGCUCAGUACAACUCCAAAUGGCUGAACGAACCAAACUUUGUGUCCUCCUAUGACAUCGGAAAUUUCACCUACUUCUUCUUCCGAGAAAAUGCCGUGGAGCAUGACUGUGGGAAGACCGUGUUCUCCAGAGCCGCUCGCGUCUGCAAGAACGACAUUGGGGGGCGGUUCCUGCUGGAGGACACCUGGACCACCUUCAUGAAGGCUCGCCUCAACUGCUCCCGGCCCGGGGAGGUGCCCUUCUACUACAACGAGCUGCAAAGCACUUUCUUCCUGCCGGAGCUGGACCUCAUCUACGGCAUCUUCACCACCAACGUGAACAGCAUUGCGGCCUCGGCUGUGUGCGUCUUCAACCUCAGCGCCAUCUCCCAGGCCUUCAACGGGCCCUUCAAGUACCAGGAGAACUCGCGCUCGGCCUGGCUGCCGUAUCCCAACCCCAACCCCAACUUCCAGUGUGGCACCGUGGACCAGGGCCUGUAUGUGAACCUGACAGAGAGGAACCUGCAGGAUGCUCAGAAGUUCAUUCUGAUGCAUGAGGUGGUGCAGCCAGUGACCACAGUGCCCACCUUCAUGGAGGACAACAGCCGCUUCUCCCACGUGGUCGUCGACGUGGUGCAGGGCAGAGACACCCUCGUCCACAUCCUCUACCUGGCCACAGAUUAUGGCACCAUUAAAAAAGUGCGUGCACCGCUGAAUCAGUCCUUGGGAAGCUGUUUGCUGGAAGAGAUCGAGCUCUUCCCGGAGAGGCGGAGGGAGCCCAUCCGGAGCCUGCGGAUCCUCCACAGCCAGAGCGUCCUGUUCGUGGGGCUGCGGGAGCAUGUGGUCAAGAUCCCCCUGAAGAGGUGCCAGUUCCACGGCACACGCAGCACCUGCAUUGGCGCCCAGGACCCUUACUGCGGCUGGGACGUGGUGAUGAAGAAAUGCACAAGCCUGGAGGAGAGCCUGAGCAUGACCCAGUGGGAGCAGAGCCUCUCCACCUGCCCGAUCAGGAAUCUCACUGUGGACGGGCACUUUGGACCAUGGUCUCCCUGGACGCCCUGCACGCACAUGGAUGGCACUGCUGUGGGAUCCUGCCUCUGCCGGUCCCGUUCCUGUGACAGCCCGGCCCCCCAGUGUGGCGGCUGGCAGUGCGAAGGCCCCAGCAUGGAGAUCGCCAACUGUUCCAGGAACGGAGGCUGGACUCCCUGGACCUCGUGGUCGCCCUGCAGCACUACCUGUGGGAUCGGCUUCCAGGUGCGGCAGCGCUCUUGCAGCAACCCCACCCCUAGGCACGGGGGCCGGGUGUGUGUGGGCCAGAACCGUGAGGAGAGGAAGAUCCAUCCUGCAUUAUACUGCAAUGAGCAUUUGCUGUGCCCACCGCACAUGUUCUGGACAGGCUGGGGUCCUUGGGAACGGUGCACAGCCCAGUGUGGUGGUGGCAUUCAAGCUCGCCGCAGGACCUGUGAGAAUGGGCCCGAUUGUGCAGGCUGCAACGUGGAAUACCAGCCUUGUAACACCAAUGCAUGCCCUGAGCUGAAGAAGACCACGCCCUGGACGCCCUGGACACCCGUCAACAUCUCUGACAAUGGCGGCCACUAUGAACAGCGGUUCCGGUACACCUGCAAAGCCCGCCUGCCCGAUCCCAAUUUGCUGGAAGUGGGAAGGCAGAGGAUUGAAAUGCGGUACUGUUCCAGCGAUGGGACCAGCGGCUGCUCCACAGAUGGGCUGUCUGGGGACUUCCUGCGAGCCGGGAGAUACUCAGCCCACACCGUCAAUGGGGCCUGGUCAGCCUGGACGUCGUGGUCACAGUGCAGCCGCGACUGCAGCAGGGGCAUUCGGAACCGGAAGCGUGUCUGCAACAAUCCUGAGCCCAAGUACGGGGGCAUGCCCUGCCUGGGCCCGUCCCUGGAGUACCAGGAGUGCAACAUCCUGCCCUGCCCAGUGGACGGCGUGUGGUCCUGCUGGUCAUCCUGGUCAAAAUGCUCAGCCACAUGCGGGGGUGGACACUACAUGAGGACCCGCUCGUGCACAAAUCCAGCCCCCGCCUACGGAGGGGACAUCUGCCUGGGACUGCACACGGAGGAGGCGCUCUGCAACACCCAGCCCUGUCCAGAAAGCUGGUCGGAGUGGUCAGACUGGUCCAUGUGCGAUGCGUCUGGCAUCCAGAUCCGCGCCCGCCAAUGCAUCCUUCUGUUCCCUGUGGGUGGCCAGUGUUCCGGAAACACCACUGAGACCCGGCCAUGCGUUUUUGACUCUAAUUUCAUCCCAGAAGUAUCUGUUGCAAGAUCAAGCAGUGUAGAGGAGAAAAGGUGUGGAGAGUUCAACAUGUUCCACAUGAUCGCCGUGGGGCUCAGCAGCUCCAUCCUCGGCUGCCUCCUCACCCUGCUCAUCUACACCUACUGCCAGCGCUACCAGCAGCAGUCCCACGACGCGACCGUCAUCCACCCCGUCUCUCCCGCCCCCCUCAACACCAGCAUCACCAACCACAUCAACAAGCUGGACAAGUACGACUCCGUGGAGGCCAUCAAGGCAUUUAACAAAAACAACUUGAUCCUAGAGGAAAGAAACAAGUACUUCAACCCGCACCUCACGGGGAAGACCUACUCCAACGCCUACUUCACAGAUCUCAAUAAUUACGAUGAGUACUAGUAGCGCUUAGUCCUCGGUUUUUGUAAAUCCUCAGUUCCUCAAAGCCUGUGCUCCAUGACUGCCCAUGUUUCUGAGGCUUCAGAGAUAAAGUGUGGAUAGACUUCAGGUGCAUUUCAAGCCAAUAGUGUCCCAUUGCUGCGAAAAAAAAUACACAUCCUUAAAAGCAACAAAAAUCUAACUGUGGCGUCGUGAAGUCUGGUCCAUAACAAACACUUGAUCAUUGUGGAAUGAGCCAUGGUGUGACAUUUGUUUUUUAAUUAUGUUCAGUACAUUUUUCUAAAAACCCGUUGUUUCCAUGAGCUUUAUUUUAUCAGUGUGCCGCUCAUAUUGGAAGGAAUCUUUAGAAAGAAAAAAAAAAUGUCUUUUUGCUUUUAAGAGUAAAUCUUCCUGAUGUUUUAAUUUGAGGAAAUGGGUCCUUUAUCAGAGACCGCCUCCCUCCACAAGGUCCAUCAUAUUUGAUAAAACAACAAAAAUAAAGUGGCCAGGCAGUUUUUCAUCCUGGAUCACCCAAGGUCCUGAUCUGGGUGACACUGUGGAUUCUCAGAAGCAAACUUGUGUUUGGACUUUCAAUAAUUCUUGCCCAGGGAAGCCCAGGGGUUCCACCUGACCUGGACCUGCAGAGGUCAGGGUCGACUGAGACGUGCUGCUGUGGUCUGGGGGCAGUGACUAUUCUCCCUGUGCAGGGGAGCAAGGGGGCAGAGGCUCAGACACAGGCAGGCGUGGCCGUGGCUUGCAGCUUGCUGCAGGACCAGCCUUCUUCUGACCCUUGGACUGCAUGGUGUUCCUGGGAGAUCCUCGCCACACUGUUGGCCUGGAGCCUCCACCUGGCCAUGGUGACAUCCUGAAGAGCCGGCAUCUAGAGGAACUACUGGUUCAGCAUUUGGACAGACUGUAUACCUUCUUUCUCCCUGCAAAGAACAAUUCCGGACUUUUUAUGACGCUGAUUAAGGAAAGUAUUAAAAAUACUGAACUAUAAUUGAAAACAACCUUUUUUUUUUAUUUUCCACGUUAUGCCAAGCGUUGAAAGAACUGACAUUUAAUGAAAUAUCUUUUGUUCUCCAUCUCCCUGAUGUAACAAUGUAUGGCAAUCAGCCCCUACUAGAGCAUUAAUGAAGUGUCAAGCUGGCUCUCCAGAGCCCACCUCAGUCUACCCUGACAGGACCCCCAGCAGAGCUGCACUCACUGCCCUAGGCCAAGGGAGGAGGGAGAGUUUUGUUCCGGUGCCUUCUCUUUACCCCAGUCUGCCUCCCAUCCACCCAGUCCCACCAGUCCCACUCUUCCCUGCAGGGAGGCAAAGGCAGUUCAGGCGCACUUGGAAGUAAGGAUGGACGACCUCCAUGGUCUCAGCGUUGGUCAUUAAUUAACAAUUCAUAGUGUUUUAAAGCCAUUGCUAGAAGUCCCCAGAAGGAAAAAAAAGAUAGAAAUUUUACACAACUGACACGUAGCAUGUGGCAGCUGGUUCAAUAAUUAUUGAAAGAACAAAAUUGAAAAUGUUCAUCUGAAUCCCCCUGGCAUUGGGAUAAAGGCCUGAGUAGAUAGCUAUCUCUGUUCUUCUUGAUGAAUGGACCUUCAGAUCUGUGAAAAUAUAUAGUACGGGUAGCGAAGAACAAGAAUUUAUUAGCAUAUGUGUUUUCACUAUAUCCAAUUUAAAGAAGCAAUUUCAGAAAAUGUUGGAAAACUAUGAUUAAUAAUGAAUAUUGUACAAUUCAAAAGAUUCCCAAAUGCCCAAAUUUGCAGAAAUAGAUCUGUAUUAAAAUUUUAAGCAUGGCAGGUGGGCUCUAGGAGAUGUGCUCGGUUGGAUCUGGAAUGUUAGAUUGUAAAUGGUUGAUGUACAGUACCUCUCCAGUGGGGCUCCAUGUGGCAUUUCAUGCAUUCUAGGCACACUGCAAAAGAGUCCACUGCUGUACACACGUUCUUAAAAUCCACACUAACAGGUAAAAUGCACAGAUGGCUGGUUGGGUUUUCAUUGUCUGCUUGGACUCUUUACUUUCCGCUAAGAAAAAGUUUUUUCACUCUGUAGAAUGAACUUUCUCUCUCUCUCUCUCUCUCUCUCUCUCUCUCUCUCUCUCUCUCUCUCACACACACACACACACACACACAUACACACACACACACACACACACACCUUCCCUUCUUGAAUAUUUUCUCAGUUUCAAAGUCGCUUUACUUCCCCUAAGAGGAGGGAGAAGGCUAAAUUUCAAGAACUUGUCAUUGGGCUUAAUGGACAUGUUUCCAAUGGCAUCUAAGUAGGUCUCUACUACCUGUAUGUCAAUGCAGGGUACACCCUCUGCACCCCAGAGCUCUCAUGGUGUGGACAGUAGAAACCCUCUAGAGUACUACUGUGAAAAAAGCCCUUCACUCACUGCUACCUGACACUGUAUUCAAAGGAAAAUCGCCUCCCCACCUCACCCUCUCUCUCUCUUGUUUAGCAGAACCGUGCUUGGUUUGCUGUAUUGGAGCUGGAGUUUGAGUCUUUUAACCACCUGUGGGCUAACAGUCCCCCAUCACUGCACGGCUGUUCCCUGUGGGUACUGUGCACUCUCCCUGCUCCAGACCCCUCCUGUCUACAUGAACCCUCCUGCAGAGAUGUCUGUCUAAGAGUCUGACUGGACUUAGCCUCAGUAGGAGGGAAAGGGAAGAGGGCUUCUAUGUGCAGAGUGGGGGCAGAGACUCUAAAGGGACUGAAGAGGAAUUUGAAGCAGUGAAGGCUGUGAAGGUCUCCUCGCCAAGGAGUCACCUCAGUCCCUAGAUAGGGUCUUCAGUGGACCAGCUUCUGGCCCCACUGGCCCAUAGGCCAUGCCAGAGAAAAAAAGAAGCAAACAUGGGAACAAUAAGUAGGUGCCAUGGAAAGAUGGGGUCUUGUCAAUACCCGGUGAGUGCUAAGGACAGGCCCUGGGGGGAUCACGGUCCACAUGCACAGUUCUGUGGGCAUGACCUAUGGACUCUUCCAGGAUCAGCUGCCCAGAGUGCAGCAGUCCGAGGCAAAGGUGUCCUUGUUUAUAUUCUUGCACAAAAGGGUGGAAAUCAUGGGAGCCAAAGCCUAUUCCAGUGAAUGUUCUGACCAGAGUAUUUGGUAGAAUUAAUGGGUCUUGCCUUUGACAUUGUGGACAAAGUCUUAGCAAGGCAGACUCUGUGUCCCCAAGAUAUCACUAAAGGUUACAUUAAAGUUUAAUGAGAUGUUACGGGAAAUUUUUUCCUAGACAUAAUACAUCAGGGAUGGAUCCAGCUAUUCAUUUUGCCUAAACACAACUUUGAUAGCAUUUGAAUUUAUACUUCUUUACUCUAUUUGUCUUGCUUUUGUAAUGAAUCAAACUAAUUCCCCGAGCACUGGUCAAGCCAUUUCCCUCAUCUGCAUGGCCCCAGGGCCUUUGACUUUCUGUAGCUUUGAAGUGUUCUUUAUACUUCAGUGAGACUUUCCUGAUUUGAGUGGCAUUUGGGGAUAACUCCAUUGAGUUUAGUGUCUCUGUCUCAGAACAUGGCUCUAGAGCACCUUCCGGAGGCAGCAGGUAACACAGGUUGAUAAAGUGAACUAAAUUAACAUUAAAAUUGCCAUUUCCCAAGUGACAAGCUAGGUCUAAAUCCCACAGCUCAAAUAAUCAAAUUAAACUAGUAACGUGAAAUGAACUCUUAUGCAAACUUCCUGCCAUUGUUUUUAAUGACCCAAGCUGGAGUUUGCAGAUGGAAUUGGCCAUGACCAGCACAUCCAUUCUUCCAAAAGCCUCCAUGUCUUUAUGGGGAUUUAUGCUGACAUGACAUUGUCAAUAUUUGAUUACCUAUUAUUAUCCAUGAUUAUCUAUUAUUGGAUACUAGAAGCCAUUCUGAGCACCCUGCUUAUUUGGACAAUGAGUGUGAAACAGUAGUGUGCUUUCCCGUAAAAUGUCGCUAGUGCCUUGUGGAAGAUGAUGGAGUACCGUGACACUCAAUAGUGUGGGUUCCAGUUAGAAGCAGACGGUCGAUUGGAUAUGUUUUAAAGAAAAUCAUCCUUACACACCACUCUGAACUCAGGAAUAGAAAAUGACCAAGACACACUUCAUCUCCAGGUGUGCAUUUGCUCCCACUGGGCAAUGGUGUGUUCAGAAAAGUGGGAAACCCCACCUCAGUCUCCCAGAAACUGACCUGGCUCUAAUUCCUACAUCUUCCAGAACACAUAGCAGCAUCUGUCCUUAACAGGAAGGUCAGUGUGAUGCCUGUACAAGUUAGAGACCUUGGUUUCUGUUCCCCUCCAGGCAAGUGCACAGGAAAAGAUUAACCAGACACAUGCUGCUAAUAGUUGGUACAGAGCUGGGUGUGGAAGGAGGACCACCUAGAACGUUGUCUAAUUGAUUAUUUUUGUAGAUUCAAUGUCAACACUGCUUCACAUAUUUGCAAAAGUUGUUAAUUUUUUUUUGUUUGUUUUAAAUUUAACAAUGUUUUCUCUGCUAAAGUGGACUGCUUUUGCUUUAUACCAUAACCGUGGUCAAAAAUCAAGCUUGAACUUCUGCACGUGGAUGGAAAGCAGCACAGGCGCCUCAGCCCCAGCACCUGGAGACACCUACAGCAGCUCCGCCCAGCUGCUAGGAAAAUGCACAAGCUUGGUCCUGCACAGGGUUCUUCAAAAUUGUGUAGCAAAACCUGUGUGUUCUGCCACUGAUUCGCAUUUAAACAUGUUACGCCUCAUUUUGUGUUCACCUGCUGUUGCCUGUUUUGUGAUACAAAAUAAACUUAUUUGGGAUUGUUUCA